CACCUCCAGUUGGUGGCAAAUACAUUAUCCUUCACCCCAGUAAUGGCAUUGAAGUGUGUCCUGGGGUGAGAUGUACAACAAUAUGAAUGAAAUGCACACUGACGUCUAGAGUACUUUCAGAUUUUACACUGUGCGUUGGCAUUGACAGCCUCGUGUGUGAUGUAAUUCACAGUUUAAAUGUUAUAUAUAUAUAUAUAUAUAUAUUCUGUAGAUCCUUGCACUCAGGCUAUAUACAAAUUUACGGUCGGGUGCAAUAUAACCAGGGCUCUAGUAUCCAAUGGUUAUAUGAAAAUGGAUGCACUCUCGGUUCUUGAUAAAAUCCAAAUUUUAUUUCAACUUCAUUAAAUUAAAGAUCAACAUUUCAGUCCCUUUGAGGGACCUUCUUCAGGAUCACAAAUAUUGUGUUAUAAUUGUGAUCCUGAAGAAAGGACCGAGAGUGCAGCCAUCUUCUUAUAACCAGUGUGUGUGUGUGUGUGUGUGUGUCUGUGUAUUACAACCAAUAAGUAUGUUUUUGUUAGUUAUGGGUUGUGUAAAAAUUACAUGAUAUUUGUCCUUUAUCAAACACCAUGUGACUGGUCAGAUAAUAGGUAAGGAGAAAAGGUAAAUGCAUGGCCUGUUUCCAUUUAAACCCGUCCUAGAAGGUACUUACAUUUUUUAUAACCUGGUGCCAAUUUCAAAAUAUAUCUAUACUACCACUCUAGCCCUUUACUACAGAGCAGUGUUAAGUUCGUCCGAUUUAGUCAACUAAAACCAUUCAGACGACGAAAAUGGCUUUUUUGUCAACACUAUUACUAAAACAAAUUGAAAUUUCCCGCCAAAUUUUACCACUGGCUGGUAAGACACAUGGAGGGGUGGACUGGGGGGAAUGAGACACAUGGAGGGGCGGCUUGGGGAGAAUGAUGAGACACAUGGAGGGGCUGGGGAGAAAUUGAGACACAUGGAGGGGCGGCUGGGAGAAUGAGACACAUGGAGGGGGCGGCUGGGGGAGGAACAGAGACACAUGGAGGGGUGGCUGGGGGAGAAUGAGACACAUGGAGGGGCGGCUGGGGAGAAUGAGACACAUGGAGGGGCGGCUGGGGAGAAUGAGACACAUGAGGGGCGGUUGGGAGAAUGAGACACAUGGAGGGGCGGGGUUGGGAGAGAAUGAGACACAUGGAGGGGGCGGCUGGGGAGAAUGGAGACACAUGGAGGGGGCUGGGGCUGGGGGGGAGAAUGAGACACAUGGAGGGGCGGCUGGGGGGGGAGAACGAGACACAUGGAGGUGCUGGGGGUGAACGAGAAACAAAUGGAGGGGCGGCUAAGGGAGGAACGAGACACAUGGUGGGGUGGGGGGAACGAGAAAUAUGGAGCGGCCGCUGGGGGGGAAAUGAAACACAUGGAGGAGCGGCUGGGAAGGAACGAGAAACAUGGAGGGGUGGCUGGGAAGGAAUUAGACACAUAGAGGGACACGAGGGGUGACUGAAGGAGGAAUUGAGGCAAAUGGGGGCUGGAGGGAAAGAGACGUGGUGGGAUGAGAUGCAUGGAGGGGCUGGCAGGGGAAAAAAAACAUACAGACAGAGGCUUUAACUAAACCUAUUAGAUUUUAGUAGCGUUGACUAAAAUCUUCAGGAGAUUUAGUAGACUAAAACUAAAACAAUUCAUAUGGCUAAAAUACAACUAAAAUGGCUUUUUAGUCAAAAGACUGACUAAAAAGAAAAUGAAAUUUGCCACUAAAAUUAACACUGCCACAGAGAAACUGUUACUGUGGCUUUUUUCAUUGAAAAUGUGUUUUCAAUUUAAAAAAAAAUGUUUCUAGAAUAUUGUAUUACACGUUACUAGUUGUCAAAAUCGGAUCCAUGUAGUUACUGUCAGAUGCCUCUGGCAUGACACAACCAUUCCUAAAUGUAGCAAUAUCCUACACCCCCUUCCUGCCCAUAAUUGUCAUAUGUUUGGGACAUUGAGUAAAUCCGAUCUCUCCUUCUUAUUGCUGACAUUGAGUGUGUGUAUAAUUUACUGGUAUCUCGUACUGCAGUCAGGCCAUGCAGUGUAGUCUCUGCUAGUCUCCCCGUCUCUCCACUGUAAUUCUGAUCCAUUGUUUGGUUAUUGUAACACCUGAUUUAUCGUGUUCAUGUAGGACACCAUGAGUGACGGAGAGCAAAACCCCGCUGCUAUUCCCACUGCUAUGCCAGACACUCAAGGCGAUGGGCGUUGGAUGUCACUGGUAAGUGCUGCUCCUCCCUGUCGUAUGUCAAGCCAAUCUAGCCCGCCAUCGUUAAUUGUAUUUUGUAUUCCCAGUUCUAGCAUCAAAGUAAUUACUGUGCAUCCAGAAUAUGGACCAAUCAUGGCUAACUUUUGGCCCUGCAGUUAUUGAGGUCUAUGUUCCCUAAUCUGUCCGCAACAACCAGAAGGACACGUUACCCAUAAUUAGUAAAGUUCUAGUAUCCAUGAUUGACCAGUUCAAUGAGCAAAGUCUGCUGUUCACAUUAAAUCAUAUUGCAGUUUUAUUUAACAGUCUUUGAACACACAGCAUUUUUGUCCCUUGCUCAAAACGGUUUUAUGUCACCCAUAACACUCACGUUUUUUUUUUUCAAAGUGAAUUUCAGGUUUCAAGGAACGCCACAAACACCUAAAGCACUUAAGCUUGCUGGAUGACUUUAUGUGAAGAAUGUGUCCCCAUUUUACAAAAGUGCAGAUUUCUAUAGAAUUUGGCACUUUGAUAAAUUAACCUUGUUACAACCCCCUGGCUGUUAAUCAAACAGGUCCUGUUACUUCCUGGUUUGGUUAGCUCACUGGAACUAAACUCAAGAGGCAGCAAUUGUCGAGAGCACCUGCCUUGCAAAGACUUCUCAUUGAGCUGCAUUAGGAAGUCUGUGAUUGGACAGCCGGCGAGGGCUUGCAAAGGCUGCAGAUAAGAGAUCUGCAGCUUUUGCAAACUGUUUUCAUAUACAUAUACCAAAGAAGAGGAAAAACUUGGAAACAAGGAGCUAAUAUCAUAUGCUGUGAAGAUAAAUCUGAAUUGAAAAGAAAGGGGGAAAAAAUGGCAAAAUGGGGUAAAAACACCUCUGUAGGUCUCGGGUCGCCAGGCACAAUAACUCCAAAUCCUCAUAUAAAAAUAUAACAAAAGAAAAAAAUGCCAAAAAACAAGCUCCUCAAUAUAAUAUGCACACUCUAAAUAAAACAAUACUCCAGUGGAAUACUCCUCUAAGGCCAGAGUACCAGAACUGAAAGCAUAGUUGACUUAGAUAAUUUUUUCAGUUCAGCUAUUUUGACAUUAAAUACAAAAUUCAUUCUGGUGAAUUUAUGUAAUAAGUAGCUAUAUGUAACUGAUCAAAGAAUUUAAAAGAACCGGCCAGAAUUUUAUGUAAAAAUAGCAAGAUGUUUUCCCAACUUCAGCUACUUUGGCCUGAACCGUACAAUUCCUUUAUUCACCAACCUGGAGAGAAUCAAACUGCUCGGCACCAUUAAGAAGCUAACUGUACACGUUUCACUUUGUCUUUCAGCACAACCACUUUAUGACAAGCAGCAAAGACAAGGAACCGGAAGUGGUGUUUAUAGGGGAUUCCAAUGUCCAGCUCCUUCACCAGUUUGAGGUAAUUUCCUGCGCACACACAGUCUGUGGGAUGUGCAUACCUCCCAAGUGUCCCUAUUUUGGAGGGACAGUCUCUUUUCUGAUCCCAAAUCCUAUAGUCACUUUAUUAUGGCAGGUUUUCUUUACUGCAUUUUGAUUUCUUGCUCACUAUAUACGAGACGCACACACUCUUUAUUACUUAUGCAUGAUUAAAUCAAAGUAUUAAGUAUCCCAUAUCAUUAUUCUGUUAUUUUACCCUACCUGUAUGACAAUAUGCAUAUGUAAUAUUCAGUCCCUUAAAAUAAAGAGUUAAAAGAAAAUAAGUAAUCCCCUAUUCGCUGGAGAUGCAAUAAGCAUCUUGGCACUCUUGUACACGAUUGGUGGGAUUGCAAAAUGGUUAAGGAACUAUGGACGGAGACUUUUGCGAAGGUAGAAAUGUUGCCAAGCAAACCCAUACUUAAGGCACCAGAGAGUGCCAUUCUACAUGGAAGGUUUCCUCACCAUUUAUACUAGACUUGUGGAAUUCACACGUCUUGUUCCAACUUAAGAUGGAGGCAUUACUUUAUAGGUCUCAAGGUUUUGACCCAAAGAAACCGUAUAACUGUGCAGUUUGGCUAAAAAAACAACUGGAUCUUUACUGCCCCUCAGUUUAUCUCCUAGAAUUGAGGCCGUUCCCCCAAGGUGGUGUGUGUAUAUAAUUGCUAUUGUAUCUGUUUGUCUAUAUGAUAAUGUGACUAUUUAUGGGGAGGCUUUGCUUCUGUGUAAGUUUAUGAAAUAAAUAGUGGUCCGAGCACCUAAGGUGAUAGCCAAAACAGGAGUUUUAUUCGAGCAAACAAAUAACGUUUUAACCCUUUCUGAUCUUUGUCAAGCUUGACAAAGACCCAGAAGGGUCGAAACGUUAUUCAUUUGCUCCAAUAAAACUGCUGUUUUGGAUAUCGCCUUGAGUGCCCGGACGACUAUUUAUUUAAUGUACUUAACACAACGUGGGGUUUGGCCAUCCCCGGAUCUGGUGCACCUCUGCAGCCUGGUGAAUGCGGUUUCCUUCAUUCUACUACGAUUGAUACACUUUUGUGUAUGUUUCAUGUUCUUCUAAAUAAAAAAUCAAAAAGAAGAAAAAAACUUAGAUAUUAAAAAACUAAUAAUUUUACAGUGCUCUGUAACCUGCUGACUGUGCUACAUGCUAGAAUGUAUCUUAAAUGUUAUUGUAUCCACACCGAUUGUAAGCUCAGUGGGACAAACCUUUACUUAGCUUGUGGUUGAUUUUUGAUUCUUUCAGAUGUAUUUGUGUGUUUUAGUUCUUGAGUAAAGCACUGUGUGGUGAUUGUGUAAACCAAUAUCUAGUGUAGUCAAUCUCAAAGAACAUUAUGGUUUGGAAUAGGAAAUUGAUGCCAUGUGUUUCUUUUUAGAUCUGGAGGGAGCUUUUCUCCCCGCUCCAUGCCCUGAAUUUUGGUGGGGUUGGGGAUGGGACUCAGCACGUUUUGUGGCGUCUGGAAAAUGGUGAAUUGAAGCAUAUUAAACCAAAGGUAGGUGAGGAGAGAACUGUGCAAUUAAUGUACAGGGAAUACGGUGAGAGAUGUUCCUUUUAAAGACCCCAAAGUUUUUGUUUUGGAUAAAUUAAAGAUAGGCCCACCUCCAUUCUAGCUAUGGUAGAGCCUGUUAAGGAGCUUGCGCUGGCUCUCCUAAGCUAAGCCUCUAGAUUAGGGGUAGGCAACCUUCGGCACUCCAGAUGUUGUGGACUACAUCUACCACAAUGCUCUUACAGUUAUAAUGCUGGCAAAGCAUCAUGGGAGAUGUAGUCCAAAACAUCUGCAGUGCCGAAGGUUGCCUAACCCUGCUUCCAGAUUGUAAGCUCCUUCGAGCAGAAUCCCCAUCAGCCUAUUGUCCCAGUAACAGGUUAUCUAAUUUGUUAAAAUUCACUCUUUAUAAUUUAAAGCAUUGUGGAAUAAUUUUGUGCUAUAUAAAUUACAAUAAUGAUAAGCCUGGUGGUGCAGGACUAGUUCAUUGGCUGAAAGUAUCUUCUGAUCAGUCUCAGCCAGUGAGCGAAGCCCUGCACUACUGGUUAGAGUAAUUACUAAGGUACUCUUGGCACCAUAAUCACUACUGCAUGCUGUAGUGGUUAUCAUGCUGGGAAUGUUAAUUGAUGCAGAACAGACUGGAUUUCUAGGAAGCCAUUGCAUUCUGUGUAUCCAAAAAUGCAAGUUUGUCUUCUGGAUAUCCAUAGAAGGAAUCUUUUAAAGCAGAAUUGGCCAAAAGGAAGCUCUUAAGACUGACAAAGCAACAUGGGAUUGAUGCUCUUCUAGUUUUUGGCCAUCCCUAUGGCCAAUGUUUCUCUGAUUGUUGCCACUUCUGCCAUUGGUGAGAUAAUUAUCACUUUCAUAGAGCUACAAACAUUUUUCUUUAUUUGCUGAAGUGAAUAUUGGUGGCAGUGGUCUUGUCUUUUAUUAAUUUCCAUCAGGUAUAAUGUGACCUACCAUUACAACAUAAAAUCUCUCUUCCUCUGAGCAAUUCCACUGACACCACCCCAAUGGCACGUUGGGUAUAAACCAUAAUUAAGGGCAAAGUGUGCCAAUUGUCUGGUUUUUAGUAAAUGUUCUGAUUGGGAUAUUGUCAUGUGGAACAAAUGUUUGUGUUCUGGAAUGUUUUGUAAUCCUUUAUGGAAGCAUAGUAUUUCUUUAUUUUGUUUGCCUCCUUUUUCAGAUCAUCGUGUUGUGGGUAGGUACAUAUAACCAGGGUCACAGUGCCGAGCAGAUUGCGGGUGGAAUUGAGGCAAUUGUGGCGAGUCUGGGCAAAAGUCAAGUUCAAGCCAAGGUCAUCGUUUUGGUGAGAACUGUUUUUCCUAACCCAAUCUUUGCCUAUAUUUUUUAUUUUGAAUUUUUUAUUUUUGUUGUGCAUGGUUUGACAAUAUGAUAUAUGUUGCCAAAACAGAAGACAUAAUCACAGCAAUAACAUAGAUUUAUACAUGUGUGGCAUUGAGGUGAAAGCACAUUUUUUAACAUUUGUAAAAACGUAAAACAAGAAUGAAAGGCACCGCAGUGUCAUGUGAGUGUACGUCAUAAAAACACGUUUGGUCUAUAUAUGCCUAUGGGUCUGGCCUGCUAACAGUAAAAGAAACAAGUGAUGAUCCUUUACCAGCUAAAACAUUGCAGCACAUAAGAGAUUACGGUGUUAAAGAUUAGUGUCGCUGUAGGUUUAACACAGCUGUUAUUCCUGGUUGUUUAACCCCUUAAGGACCAAACUUCUGGAAUAAAAGGGAAUCAUGACAUGUCACACAUGUCAUGUGUCCUUUAGGGGUUAAACAAUUGGUGUCUAUACGCUUGUUCAGUUGUAAAACAUGCUAAGUAUACACGGUUAGCAAUUAUAUGUAACGAGUUCAGUCGUGGUAUUUAUCUAGCAUUAAACGAGAGUAGUGCAUUAUUAUGUUUAAGCAUUUUCCAAUUUGUAUAUACGUCUUUGUUGUAGGUAACAGGUAAUGGGAAAAAAAACAAAACUAAGCAUGUUAUUCCUAGUCCUGAGUUGGGCCGCUGGCUCUCUAUCUAGACAUCAUUAUAAUGUGCUGGGUAGUGUUCUGAUGAACAUGAAGGCCUAAAGCAUAGGGUUAACACAAAACAAAUGAAACAUAGGUAAAGCAUAUCAUGAAUGUCGUCCAGGUGAUUUGCAUGGGGACACAGAAGAGAAAAAAAAAAAAUACAAAAGGGUCUCUACGGUACUAGCAGGGUCAUGGGCUAUGUGCUUCUCCGUGAGUCAGUCCGUGUUGUAUCAGCCGAUGCCCGAUCUGGAGGCGUUGUCUGCCUGCUUAGAACGGAGGUCGCCAGUGUCAGUGAACAGCCAGAAGCAUGCCGGUAUUGCCCUCCUGCUCCGGACUUGUUGUGGGGCCAGCAUCAUUUCACCACAGACUCUGGGACUUUUAUAGGCCAGGUCCUUCCCUGAAAAGGUAGGUCUGGAGGCUGCGGUGGUGGUUCGCCGCCUGUGGCGUACAGGCCUGCACCUAUGCGGGAGAUGCAUCGGGGCCCUCAGCCCGGAUGGGCUCUUGUGGGGAGAUGCGAUCUGUGCCGUUCGUUUUAUGCCUGAGGGCUUCCCAGGUCCUCUGUGGCUGAUCCUUUCCAUGUUCCAUGUUGUGUUCUCACUCGCCUGCACCUGUGCUUGUGCGGCAGCGUGUCGAGCCUCCACUUUAGCCCAGAAGUUUGCAAACAGCUUUCCCAGGCGGGUGUCUAGGGAUUCGCAGUCGCUGUGUUUGGGCUCUGGUGCUGCGAGGCCUUUGUUGGGCUGCGUUUCUGCCACCUUAGGACAGCGAGUGGUUUGCUGGUUCAUUGCUUGUUUUAGGCUUGUCUUGUCAUUUGCUGACCCUAUAGGCAGUUGGGUUUUGACGAUUGGGACCGGGAUAACCCCCACCGGUCCGGGGGUGGGGCGCGCCCGAUGCUUCGGGUGCCAGAUGCUUUGGUGAGCUGGGAGAGCGUCCGCCUCUCCCCUGCUUUGCAUGGGGUAGGCCCCAAGCCUCCGACCCGGCAAUCCAGCGGGCAAACCGGGUGUGUGGGGUAUCCUCAGGAUCUCCAGCAUUGGCAUUACACGAUGAAGUAAGUUGUGGGUCAGAAUUGUGAGGCUUUCCCACGAUUUUUGUCGAGUAUCGGGUCCAGGCUCGGGAGCUCACAGAACGUCUGUUCAGCUCCCCGGUCAGGCUCCGCCCCAAUCUUUGCCUAUUUUGAAAGGAUUUCAAGGAACACUCAAAGCCUAAGAAUCUAUGUUCAUUUUUAUUUAUUUGCACAUUUUCCCAUUCAUUCUCUGUGUAUUGUAUUUGGAACGUCCCUUUAAACAAUAACUAGUAACAACACCCUACUAUUUAUUUGUAUUCUCUGUAUGUAAAGGUGCACAUAAUGAAGGAUGUUAUAACGAAAACACGAGUUUAAUCUAAUACUGUAUACAUAGCAUUUUCUGGGCUGUCUUUAGUUUCCAUUCUAAAUGUACUCUAUUUAUUAAGUUUUACUAGGUUUGGUUACAUUUUGUAAUGUUCUAGUUGUGUCCUCCUGUCAUCACUGAUACUAAAAACCUUUUGUAGAUUUAUGAAGUUAUUUGUACCCAAACUGUGAUAUUCUGAAAGUCCUGGCUAGUGAUGUCCCGAACUGUUAGCGAACUGUUUGCCGCGGUUCGCUGCAAACGGUUCGCGCGGACUCCAGUCAGCUGACACAUUCCAGCCAAUCAGCAGCAGACCCUCCCACCUCCUGGACAGCUCACUAAGAAUGCAGCUUCAAAAUGGAUGCUGUCCAGGAGGUAGGAGGGUCUGGGAGGGAGGGUCUGCUGCUGAUUGGCUGGAAUGUGUCAGCUGACUGGAGUCCGCGGCGAACAGUUCGGCACAUCACUAGCUGGCACAUCAUCUCUCAGGUAAGGGGAUUAUGUUUUGUGCUGCCAGUAUCCGUAACCAUUGCUGGGUUUAUUUUUGCAUGGAUCAGUUAUUACAUUUGUGAUUUUGUGAGAUCCCUUAAAGUGGUACUAUAGUGCUAGGAAUAGAAAACUGCAAUACUUACCCAUGAAAUUCUGAUUGUUUUGUAGUUCUCAUGGCAUUUUGUGGUUGUUUGGCUCAGUUAGCUGUUACAUUUACGCACAUACCAUCCAUCAUUUAACUCCUCCUGAUGGAGAAGAAUAUCUGCUUUCUUACACCUGUUGUUUCCCUGCAGGCUUUACUUCCACGUGGUAAAAACCCAAAUCCUCUGCGGGAGAGGAACAUGCGUGUCAAUGAGCUGUUGGCCAAAACAUUGCCCUCCAAGCCCAAUGCUAUUCUCCUGAAUGUAGAUCCAGGUUUUGUGCAUUCCGAUGGCACUAUCAGUCACCACGACAUGUAUGAUUAUCUGCAUCUGACCCGGCAUGGAUACGCACGCGUGUGCCAGACCCUGCACCGCACACUACUCCAACUAAUGGAUGGUAGGGUGAAGACCACGGAACAAUAAACAAACCCUUUGGAGAAGGGGUUGGAAAGGCCAGAGGACCAGAACUGCCCUGGAGGGAUGUCGGGGCGACACCUUGCCAGCAAACUACAGAAGUCAAAUGUCCCCGACGAGGCAUGCGCUGAUGUAAUCUUUUCCAUAGGGAACAAGAUUGAUGUUAAAUUAGCUGACGGGUAACAACUUCUCUUGGUUCAAUACAGGCUGUUUGCUCAGGGGUUCUGUGCACCUACCCCGUUCUAGGAUCCUACUUCUUCCACCCCUUCUAAAAUGACCUAAUGCUAGAUCUCUUUUGUUUUUAUGUCCUUUGUACAGUAUAUGUUAUGUUGAUGUUUUUGCUUUUGUAUAAUUCAUGAAAAAUAUUGUAGUUUUUUUUUUUUUGUCACAAAAAAAAAAAAAGAAAAUAUUGACCAAACUUGAUGACCCAAGGUGCUCUGUCUUGCUCCAAGUUGUCCUUCCAACUAGAAACCUCCUACAGCUUUCCAUAAACGGUGUAUACAUUUUACCUUGUUGGCAUUUAUUUCUAUUAUUUAAAUAAACUAACAGCAUUGUAUGCCAGUUCUGAUUACUAUCUCCUGUUUCCAUUACUACAAUAAAACCACGAAAAGAAUAAAAUGAUUGUGAUAAUUGUGGGUUCUGAACCAGAAUUUGUAAUCUCUUUGAUAUAUUAUGUGACUUGUAGCAGUGUAAAAUAUACUUUCAUGGCGUUGUGUGUGGGAAGCUCCGUUUAACCAGAUAUGUCAUUUCACAAUGUCAUCAAGUGUUUUAAUUUUUGCUGUUUGCUGCCAAUACAUUCUGAAAGAAUCUUGGCUUCCUCACAUCGCGUCAAUCUCUCCAUCCAUGCUGUCAUUGCUCAAUUUCACCCAUCCUUUCGCUAGCUUGCAAACUGGUUUGGCUGCAAUCUGUCAGGUACAUUAAACAACUUUGCA